GGUCUCCGCCCACUUAAACGUCACAACUGUGCCGCUCAGCUGUCAAAGAAAGAUUCUGCCCUUCAGGUUUCACUCUAUUGGCUCUUCCACUCGGGCAGCGUUCUCCCGAUUUACGACAGCACGUGAAGGCAGCAGCACACCCUGAACCUCGUUGAGGGAGCAAGUGGAAAAACACGGACAGGUACCUUAUUUAGCCUCGGCCCGGCGCGUUAGGCUGUCAGCGCAGUGCUGAGAGCUCAAACUGUGAGGAGAUUGGCCAGAGUGCGUGAGUCCCGCAGAGUGUCCGCGCGGUGUCCCGCAUGGCUCCCCGGGCGGUCUGGCUCCUGGUCGCGCUGUCCGGUGUCCUGCAUGUGCGCUCCUGCUGCGCGUUUACCUGUCCGACCAUCUGCCGCUGCAGCGCCGACAGCUUCCACUGCAGCGGGGCCACUCAGCUGGCCUCCCGGGCAGGACCGAGAUCCGUGACACGACUAAGGCUCACUCAUCUGCCACUGAAAGAGGUCCCCACUCAUGCCUUCAGGGAGCUCAUCAACAUUACCAUAAUCGAGAUCUCCCAGAGCGACCGCGUCACAAGGAUACGCAGACAUGCCUUCCUCUCCCUCCACAGCCUGGCUCAAAUUUCGCUGCAGAGCAUCAACAGUCUGAGGGUUAUUGAGAAAGGGGCCUUCACUGACUUGCCAAAGCUGGAAUACCUGAGCAUCUCUAACACCGGGCUGAUACACUUCCCAGACUUCACAACUAUCGCCUCCCUGGUGCCAAAUAUUAUCCUAGAAAUGGCAGAUAACAUGAGGAUCGACAUCAUCCCGGCCAACUGCUUCCAAGGCAUCACAGAGGAGUAUGUUGACAUGAACCUGGUCCGAAACAGCUUCACAGAAAUCACAGCUCACGCGUUCAAUGGAACCAAGCUCAACACACUAAAUCUGAGAGAAAACACGUACCUCAGUGACAUCCAAGAGGAUGCUUUUGAAGGAGCAACAGGUCCCAGUUUUCUGGAUGUUUCCUCCACAGCUCUGAGAUCCCUCCCCCCUAAAGGUUUGAGGCAGGUGAGGUUCCUGAAAGCCAGCGCAGCCUUCGCCCUGAAGACCCUCCCUCCGCUGGAGAGCCUGGCCGAGCUGAUGGAGGCUGAGCUCACGUACCCGAGCCACUGCUGCGCCUUCCACACGUGGCGCCGGAAACAAAGGGAAAGUGCCUUAAAGAACUCCACCAAGUUUUGUGACCUCAGCAGAACUGAAAUAGAGCCCACAGCAGAUGGCAUGAACGAUGACAUCAACUUUCAGUACCCAGACCUGGAACUGGAUUGUCUAAACAACCCCUUUGUCAAGUGCUUGCCAAAGCCGGACGCCUUUAACCCUUGCGAGGACCUGCUGGGCUUUCCCUUCCUGCGCUGUCUCACCUGGAUCAUCACAGUUUUCGCUGUGGCCGGUAACCUAGCUGUUCUGAUCAUCCUGCUGAUCAGCCACAGCAAGUUUACCAUCUCCAGAUUCCUCAUGUGCAACCUGGCUGUCGCCGACCUCUGCAUGGGGCUCUACCUGAUGCUCAUCGCCUUCAUGGACUACCACUCGCAUCACGAGUACUACAACCACGCCACAGACUGGCAGACAGGGCCCGGGUGCGGCAUUGCAGGGUUUUUGACGGUGUUCGCCAGUGAGCUCUCAGUGUAUACGCUGACUGUGAUCAGCCUCGAACGCUGGCACACCAUCACCAACGCCAUGCACGUUAACAAGAGGCUGCGGAUGCACCAUGUGGCAGCCAUCAUGGGGGCAGGCUGGGGCUUCUCUCUGCUGGUUGCUCUGCUCCCUCUUGUGGGGGUCAGCAGUUACAGCAGAGUGAGCAUCUGUCUGCCCAUGGACAUCGACACCCUGGGCUCUCAGGUGUACGUGGUGGCCAUGCUCGUCCUCAAUGUAGUCGCCUUCCUGGUGGUCUGCUACUGCUACGUAUGCAUAUAUCUGAGCGUCCGCAACCCGGAGCACUCCACCCGUCACGGAGACACCAAGAUCGCCAAGCGCAUGGCUGUGCUCAUUUUCACCGACUUUGUGUGCAUGGCACCAAUCUCCUUCUUUGCCAUCUCUGCAGCUCUGCGUAUGCCCCUCAUAACUGUGUCUCACUCAAAGAUCCUGCUCAUCCUCUUCUAUCCCAUCAACUCCCUCUGCAACCCUUUCCUGUACACGCUGUUCACGCGGGCUUUCAGGAGGGACGUGUGCCUGCUGCUGGGUCGCUGCGGCUGCUGCCACGCCAGCGCCGACUUCUACAGGUCACAGACUCUGGCUUCACACCUCAACUCCACCCAGAAAACAUCCACCAAAAAAACUCACUCUCUUGGAUUCUACGCCUAUCACAUUAAGAUGCAGGGAUGCUUUCUAAAUAAGGGAACCACAUGACCUUCAACAUGGAGAAUUUCAUUAUGAACUUACAGGCAGAGUCUGCUGUUCUGCUAAAGAUGUAGCAUUUCUUCAAAACUGAGGUCAGGGCCUUAGAUCAGAGUUGAACUAGGUUUGUUUACCAAGUGAGAAUCACAUCAGAGAUCUAAAAUUGAAGACAACAGGUGCUCCAGUCUCCUUUUUCUGGUUAUGUACACAGGUAAUGUGAUAGAAAGCAGCAGAUGGAUGGCACGGCAACCACAUUAAAACAGGCCAGUUUAUCUACAAAGCUAUUAUAAACCAUUGGGUGUGAUUUGAGAUCAAGAUAUGCUGUAAAAAAAACAGUGUCUACGGUGCUGUUAUGAGAAGGGACAUUUAGUUCUUUUAAAAGGUCGAGAAGUAUAAGUUAUUUAUUAUUCUGUCCUUAUAAAGCCUUAUAUUUUGAGUUUCAAUGCAGUGAAGUAAAUGUGACCAAAUGAAGUCUUUGUUUUAGCUCAUCAGAGAUGUGUUUUAGUGCCAUCUAUUGGUUAGUUGUGCUCAGGAGACGUUGAAGGUGGGAGACUUGAAAACUGCACACCUCCAGGAGCAGCCUGGGGCCUCUCGAGAAGAAACACUACUGCUGUUCAGAAUGUCCUGGAUUUUUUACAAUAGAACAUAAAAAAACUAUGGUCAAUACAUAUCAUUUUUCACCAUUUCCACGUUUAGUAACAGCUGUCAACUGAGGGUGUGGAAAAUAAGAUUCCUAUGUCAAACUUCCAUUUCUAUACUUUCAUAUAGAGACCAUGCUUUAUCGCUUCAGAAAUAUCCACUUAUUUGCAAAUCACAAUAUGUAUAAGGUAAGGUAAUAUAAACAAAACAGCAUUAUAAUGGCCUGCAAACUUUUUUCUCUAGAUGUGAGAAAAUGUGUCACAACUUAAUGUCACAUCAUCACAAUUUCAACAUUUCCUCUUGUUGUCAACAUUAAAAUUUGUGUGAUCAUUCACACUAAUCAUAAAUCCUAACACAA